UCAGAAUAAUCUAUCAAAAGUGCAACUUUAGACCAAUUUGUGUAUAAAUGACGAAAUAUCAUAUUGUGGUAUAACACGAAUGUAACAUCCGUAUUGUUUUGAUCAAUUUGACUUUACAUUCUCUGAUGCAUGACGUGACUUAGAUGAUAAUACGCGAAGGAUACCGAAAAAAAGUUUAGAAAAAUGUGCCCUGUUUUCAUGACUGUAUAAGUGAAUUGACCGUAAAUUAGAUAUAGCGGAAAUUUUUCUUUACAAGGAGAUUUAUAAUUUGUUCAGUAAGGGAGGUUUUCAGACUGAAUGUAAUCUAUUCUUGCUACAAACUACAACAAAAACACAGAAAAACUGAAGUGUGCCCUUUUAAAGAAGUAUUCCAAAGUUCUAAAUUGCAAGAAAAGAUAAACUAUAAGACCAGAACUUAGAUUUGCACCUUUAACCGUUUCUGCUUCAGAAAGAACUCCCACUGUGAUGAUUCGCAAUUUUUUUCAUACGGAUGAGCAAAGGAAACAACACACCAUAGGUUAAUUACACCCACAAGUGAUAUUCUGACUCAGUGCCAAGUUCAUUACAAACAGAACAAACUAUAUGCUAGUACUACACGUGGAUGCUACUAAUUAUAGAUCAUUUUUCAUAAGCUUCAAAGCAGGAAAAAGUACGAUACGCAUGCUAUGCUAAAUGAAUGUAAAUUGAAGCCUUCAAAAUUUCAUAUUAAAAUGGAAUGGCUCGAGUUCUUGUAUUUUCUCGUAGCAACGGUGAUAUUGAUACCGGGAGUUGAAUGUUCAGAAAUUAACUUAACUUUCAAACUGGGUAGCAUUACUGGAAUAAGUGAAACUGUGGAAUUUAAUGGUGGAAUGAAGAAUGUGACACGUUUUCUUGGAAUUCCGUAUGCGAAACCGCCUACCGGAGAGAAGAGGUUCCAGAGACCGGAGCCGUACGGCGAUUAUUCGCUGCCUUACAACGCAACAUUUUUCAGACCACACUGCAUGCAAAGUGAGACUGCAAACCCGUCGGUAAAAUACUUUAAAAUGAGCGAAGAUUGCCUGCAUCUGAACGUUUUCAUUCCUGGUAAUAUAUUGCCUACUGAAAAGAAAUAUGCAGUGAUGAUUUUUCUUCACGGCGGAGCGUUUUUUUACAGCGGUGCGGAAGCGUUUUCUGGAGACCAACUUAGUGCUUUUAACGAAGUCGUGUUAGUUACAGUGAACUAUCGUCUAAAUACAUUUGGAUUUUUAAGCAAUGGGACUAUAGCUUCUGGAAAUAUGGGUCUAUGGGAUCAGAAACUUGCAAUUAAUUGGGUUCAUGAAAAUAUUGCAGAAUUUGCCGGUGACCCUGGAAAUGUGACAUUAUUUGGUAAUUCUGCAGGGGCGGCAAGUGUCUUGUAUCAAACCUUAAAUCCUACCAACAAAGGACUGUUUCAACGUAUAAUCACCCAAAGCGGAAACGUGCUUGCCCAGUGGGCACAGCAGUAUAACCCAAAAGAAAUGUUUGCAGAAUUUGUAUCCGAAGUAAAAUGUAACACGCAACAGUAUGACGACAUUCUUAAGUGCCUUCAGUCAAAGACCGCGGAAGAAUUGGUUACAACCCGUUUCAGUCCUGUUGUAGACGGCGACUUCAUCACGGAAGAUCCUUCUGUCACAUUUUCCAAAGUUAGUGUUGACAGUUCAUCUUCUUUGAGUUUGUUAACCGAAGUUGACUUUUUAUCCGGUGUACAGAGUAAAGAAGGCGCCACCACUGUGGAUAGGCUGGCGGAAUCUUUUAAAGCUUUCGGCGUGGAUAUUGCUAAUGGUGUGUCGAGAAAUAUCUUUGAAAACCAGUUUCUUUCGUCAAUGUUGCUUCAAAUGUACGGUGGAGUAGUUCCACGUGCAUUAGUUCAGUCAGUUAUCCAGCAAUACAUUGACUGGUCAAGACCUGAGGAUACUAAAAUGAUCAGAGAUAACAUGAUAGAUUUUUGGUCAGAUGUUGCAUUCUUCGUACCAGCUAUAAACACUAUCAAGAAACACCAAGCUUUGGGAAAACCUGGAAAAACAUCGUAUUUUUACGUGUUUGACCAUAAGCCGCCUUUUGAUCGGACCCCACUUUGGUUAGAAGGCGCAAAGCAUGCCAUGGAGCUUCCGUAUGUGUUUGGGAUGCCAGAUUCACUGAAGAUUGCUGCAGGGUUUCCCCCGAAUUUUCCACUGGCAAUCCCUCCAUUUGACUUGACGCUCUCAAGCAACAUAAUGAAAAUGUGGACGAACUUUGCCAAGACAGGGAACCCAAACUCACCAGUUCAGAUAGAUGCAGGUGUUCCUCAAUGGCCACAGUAUGAUAUCGAUUCUCAGACAUAUCUGGAAUUUUCUUCAAAUACGACGUCUGUAAAGAACCACUUCGCGGCGUCGAAAGUGGAAUUCUGGACAAACCUUGUCCCUUUGCUAGAGAAAUGCGAGACAUGCGUGGACCAGAACUGCACUGAAAACCAAAAGACGUCACUGGCACAUUCCAUAUCAAAGAACAUCUCUUUGAAUUUUAUAUACUUAUUGUUUAUUGAACUAAUGUUAACACAUGUGCGAAUUUUCGUGUAAGCCUUGUGUCAAAUUACCGUACCAGUACAGACAUUGAUUAGCGGCAACAUCACUAACAAGAACAUUUAUAAGGUAAAAAUAGAAAAAGCUAGCGAACAGAAAAAUCAUACGUUUAGAAAUAAUAGUAGUGAUACAUAACACAUGAUCUAAUUUAGUCACAACUUGUGUCAUGUUAUUAGUGGACCUUAAACAGAAUAUGUAUUAUUAGUCAAGGACUGUCAAAAUUAACUUUCCUAUCCUCUACUUUAUAGUUUCUAAUACGUCUCCAGUUAUUUGCAAAACGCAGGAAUAACUUUUUCUUUUCUUUUCUUUUUGUUUUUUGUUUCUUUUCUUAUCGCCUAUUGUUUGAAUAUAGCUUCCUCAGAACUACUAUUAGAAUAAACUUUAAACAACUACUUCUUAUUGAGGUUUUUAUUAUAUCGUUCACGAUACAGCGGUUUUCGACAUGUAGUCAAGAAUAAGUGAGCGACUUAGAACCACCAUUGCUCUCUUAUUUUAUUGGGAUUCUAUAAGAUUCGUUGCUAACUGAAAUUUUCGUGGUUAGACACAUCUGUUUGCAGACUCCAAAAUCGCAGAUCCAUUAUAUAGUUUGUAGUACCACAUUUGUGCUAUGUGACUGAUAUAAUUUUCAAGUAAUAAAAAUAAAACUGUGAAACUGAA